CAUCCAAAUUUAGUUGGAAGAGAUGGUAGAUUCCUCUCACAAUUUGGUUGGCAACACCCAAAUUCUCAACUUCUUUACAAAUACUAUGAGUAGCAAGAUUCAUUAAACAACCCAAAAGGAAAGCAAGAAACUCACAUUAAUUCCACUCUCUCUCUCUCUCCCCCCUUUAAUUUAUUUCUCCUUCCACUACUAAUCCUUCUCUUUUCUUGAAUUAUUAAACCCUUUAUUGUGUUGUAAUUAAUCUAGAAGAAUUUGAAUUGGAUGGAUGGCCAUCAACUCCCACCACCAUUCCACACAAGGGAUUUCAAUUUGCAGCAGCACCAAACCUCCGAAGAAGAAGAAGAAGAAGAACAAAGCGAGACCAGCGACCUAAACAAGAGCGGCCCAGGCACGGGCGAGGGGGAGCUGUCCGUAACCCGGAGGCCCCGAGGCCGCCCGGCCGUGUCGAAGAACAAGCCGAAGCCGCCGAUCAUCGUCACCCACGACAGCGUCAACGCCCUCCGCACCCACGUCAUGGAGAUCUCCGACGGCUGCGACGUCAUUGACGCCGUCUCCACCUUCGCCCGCCGCCGCCAGAGGGGCGUGUGCGUGAUGAGCGGGAUGGGCAGCGUCGCCAACGUGACGCUGAGGCAGCCCGGGGCAGGGGCAGUCGCGACCCUGCACGGGAGAUUCGAGAUCUUGUCGCUCUUGGGGUCGUUCCUGCCCCCACCCGCGGCCACAGGGCUCACCGUGUACCUCGCGGGCGGGCAGGGGCAGGUGGUCGGGGGCAGCGCGGUCGGGCAGCUUCUCGCGGCGGCGCCCGUUAUUGUAAUGGCGGCCUCGUUUAGCAAUGCGGCGUAUGAGAGAUUGCCGCUGGAUGAGGAUGAGAAUGCGGCCCAAGUUCAAGGAGGAUCGCCGCCGCCGCAAAUUCAGCAGUUGAUGGGGGACUUGCAAGGGAUGCCGCCUAAUCUUUUUAACCCGAUUCAGAUGCAAAACGAUGCGUUUUGGGCUACGGGUAGGCCGCCAUUCUAGCUACCAUCUUGUUCCUUCUUCAUUAAUUCACUAGUUUUUUUAAUUAUCAGAUCAUUAACGUUUUCAGUUUAUAUUAUUACAUGGA